AUGGCCGACGAAAGAGAGCCUUUGCUUUCUUAUCAUGAGGUGCAGCGGGAGAGAACGGAACAGCUACUCGCUCACGAAAUCACAGCGAGCGCGCAGGCUAAUGAGGACUACCCUAUCGAUCAUGGGAAAGUAGCGUGGAUGCAGGUUUUGGGUGGAUUCAUUCUGUUUGCGAAUAGCUGGGGUUUGCCAAAUACGUUUGGUGUCUUCCAAACCUAUUACGUUGAUUCUUUACUUCCAGGGCAAGAUGCGGCGCGCAUCGCAUGGAUCGGAUCGAUCCAGCUGUUCUUCACCACCAUCGGUUGCUUGCCUGGAGGUGUACUGCUUGAUCGAGGAUACCUCAAAAGUGUUAUCGCAGUCGGCACGGCGCUAGAAGUGCUUGGACUGAUCCUGACUUCCUUCUUCAAGAGCUACUGGGCCAUCUUCUUUGCCCAAGGAGUGCUUAUGGGCAUUGGAAGCGGGCUGAUGGCGAUAGUCCCCGUCGCUGUGCUAGCCAUGUUCUUCGAGAAGAAACGUAUGCUGGCUACUGGUCUUGCGUCGACUGGUGCCAGUGUGGCUGGUAUCGUCUUUACAAUUUCUUUACGCUCGCUUUUCCUCAGCGUGGGUUUUGCAUGGGCCGUCCGCAUCUUCGCGCUCAUCAUUCUCAUCACGAAUCUUGUCGCUUUUUUUGUGAUGCGAUUGCAACUCCAGUAUGGAUCCAAGGGCUCUAGCUUCGGCUUUCAUCACUUCAAAGAUGUGCCAUACACGGUGUUCGUCAUUGCAUUUACCCUGUUUGUUGCAUCAUCCUUUGUACCAUUCUUCUUCAUCCAGGAGUAUGCCAUCAAAUUGGGUGUGUCCAAGGACAUGGCGUUCAACUUGCUUUCGAUCAUGAACGCUGCCAACAUCUUUGGACGUUUUGUGCCCAACUUCAUUGCUGACCGGUACGGUGGUGUCAACACCCUACUUCCUCUUGCCAUCGCAUGCAUCAUCACCCUCUGCAUGCUUCCUCUCGCCCAUGAAAUCAACGGUCUCAUUGCCAUCAGUAUCGUAUAUGGCUUCCUUUCUGGCGGCGUCAUCAUCAUUCCUGGACCUACCAUUACUGAUCUGUCGCCUAACAAGGCUGAAAUUGGCGUUCGACUCGGUCUUGCGUACCUCGUCGCUGCUUUCGGUGGAUUGUUUGGUAAUCCCGCUACUGGCGCUAUCAAAGGAGAAGGCAACGGUGCAGUAGACAACUUCAAAGGAGUAUGGUUCUGUGCGGCAGCCGUUAUGGGUGCGGGUGUCGCGGCGCUUGUUGUCACUAGGUGGUUGAAGUUAGGUAGCGCGUGGGCUGUGGGAAGAGUGUGA